AUUGCGCUUGCCAGUUUCUACGAGGACGGGGGAGACGAGGACAUUCUGACCCUUCCCCAGCCGACGCCCAGCUCUAUAUCCAGAGGCACUGCAGCCAGUGACCAUAGAGUAACAUCGUUUAGAGAUCUCGUCCAUGCGCAGGAGGAUGAUGAUGAAGAGGAGGAGGGACAGCGGUUUUAUGCCGGCGGCUCAGAGAGGAGCGGACAGCAGAUCGUUGGUCCUCCGAGGAAGAAGAGUCCCAAUGAGCUGGUGGAGGAUCUGUUCAAAGGAGCAAAGGAGCACGGUGCGGUGGCGGUUGAUCGGACGGCCAAGAGCGGUGGCGAGACUAGCAAGCCUAAGCCUUUCGCAGGGGGAGGGUAUCGCCUCGGGGCUACUCCAGAGGAGGAGUCUGCCUAUGUGGCAGGAGAGAGGAGACAGAACUCUGCUCAGGAUGUGCAUGUUGUGCUGAAGCUCUGGAAGAGUGGAUUCAGCCUGGACAGCGGAGAGCUGAGGAGCUACCAGGAUCCGUCCAAUGCCCAGUUCCUUGAUGAUAUCCGCAGGGGGGAAGUCCCAGCAGAGCUGCGCAGGUUAGCACGAGGCGGGCAAGUGAACCUGGAUAUGGAGGAUCACCGCGAUGAGGAGUAUGUGAAACCUAAAAGUGUCUUCAAAGCUUUUACUGGAGAAGGACAGAAGCUGGGCAGCACUGCGCCCCAGGUGAUGGGCACCAGCUCGCCAGCCCAGCAGGCAGAGAAUGAAGCCAAAGCCAGUUCUGCCAUCGCUAUUGAUGAGUCAGAGCCCAUCACCAACAUCCAAAUCCGGCUCGCUGACGGUGGGCGACUGGUCCAGAAGUUUAACCACAACCACAGGAUCCGUGACAUCCGGCUCUUCAUAGUAGAUGCUCGGCCAGCGAUGGCUGCCACCAGCUUCGUCCUCAUGACCACCUUCCCAAAUAAAGAGCUGACUGAUGAGAACCAAACCCUGAAGGAAGCCAACCUGCUCAACGCGGUCAUUGUUCAGCGGUUGACAUAAAGGAGCCCACCUCUCGCCACACGCCUGCCCGCAGUGCGCAUGUGUCGUCUCGCCCUGUGCGUGCACCUCUGCCGUGCCACACAGGCUCACAUCUGCUCGUAGCUCUGGGUUCUUAGGUCUUGGUUGGACUUUUUUCUCUUUAGUUGCAUUUCCCAUGGGGUGGUUGUUUUGGUUUUUUUUUUUUUGGUGGUGAUGAUCAGUGGACUUUAAAAUAAAUAAACGAAAUGAAUCCGUUUUGAAAGGA